CUCCGACAGCUGUUCUGCUGCCAUUAUUUGCACCGUAGUCCUGCCUUCUCUGCUGCUCCAGCUCUGUAGUCCUCCCAACCCCUCCCAACCCCGCAUUCAUCACCAAUCUCGGAAUCGCCGCCAAACAAAGAAAGCAUCCGUCACAAUGCCAACGUCAAUCGUCGACUCUCAUAUCCAUCUGUUUCCAGAGUCGCAUCUCCCCACUUUGGCCUGGUAUGGACCCGACAGUCCUCUAGGAUCCCAGCACUCAAUCGACGAGUAUCGUCUCGCAUCGGCCUCUACUCCCACCUCCCCAGAAUCAACCCAAGCCCUCUAUCUCAGGGGAUUCAUCUUCCUCGAAACCGACCGUAUCUCUUCAGUCGAAGAGUCAGGGCGUGGUUGGUCCCACGCUCUCGAUGAGGUCUCCUUCCUUACGCGAAUCAUCACCGGGGAGCCCGUCCCCGGGGAAGGGCACAAGGUUGUAGAUCGCGAGCUCUGUCUGGGCAUGGUGCCUUGGGCGCCCGUUCCUGGGGGUCCUGCUGCUCUGGAAAGGUACAUGACACAGGUGCAGGAACGGACCCGAUCGGAGGAGGUAUUCAAGAAGGUCCGCGGAGUUCGAUACCUGGUUCAGGAUAAACCGAGAGGGGUCAUGUUGGAGUCUGACUUUAUUGGAGGAUUGAAAUGGCUAGGAACAAAGCAGUUGAUCUUCGAUCUUGGGGUGGAUGCCCGACAAGGGGGAAUUUGGCAGCUGAGAGAGGCUGCCGAGAUGAUGAAGAAGGUGUACAAUGGGGUAGACAAGAAGGAUAGCGUCAAGAUCAUUAUCAAUCACUUGUGCAAGCCGAAUCUUCGUCUUCCCUUCUCGUCGCCUGAUUCCAUAGCUACGCACCCGGAUUUCCUGGAGUGGAGUUCUCUCGUCACGGCCAUGGCUCAGCAUCCGUUUACGUAUAUGAAGCUUUCCGGUGGGUUCUCGGAGCUUCCUCCGCUUGUGGGAGAGUCGGAGCCCGAUAUUGCGUACCUGGUUGAGCAGGUCCGGUUAUGGACGGAUGUCAUAUUUGAUGCUUUUGGGCCGGAGAGGGUGAUGUUUGGCUCUGACUGGCCGGUGUGUAAUGUGGGAGGAGGUGGCAAUGCAGUGGCCUGGAGACGAUGGAAGACUGCGGUGGAGGGUAUUUUGGAGAAGAGAGGCUUGACCCAAGACCAGAAGGAGGGUGUUUGGGGUGGAGUUGCAGUCAAAGCAUACGGAAUUGAAAUCUAAAUGCUUUCCAUAUGCGGGAGUAUGUACACUGAUUGUCAAUAUGUUCACAUCAGAAUGCAGUAUCAUGAUCACACCAUC